AUGCCUACCUGGGACAUCAAACACAGCCCAAACACCAUUACGGCUGCUGAAAAAGAACAACUCGCCAAGUCAAUCACCAACUUGUACGUCUCACGUGGCCUACCUGCAUUCUACGUCCAAGUCCACUUCUCUGAGGACAUCCCCGGCACUGCAUUCGUUGGCGGCGAACCUCACGCCAACUUUGCAGCGGUGACAAUUUAUCACGUUGCCCGUGCCUUCAAGAGCGAUGAAGCCAAACGGCGAUUCUUGGCUGGCGUUGACGAGAUCCUCAAUCCAGUAUUUGGGCCCAAGGGAAUGGAUUGGGAGUAUUUCAUCGCGGAAGCGUCGAGAGACUUGUGGAAGAUGAAUGGUUUGGUGCCUCCGGAACCUGGGUCUGAGGGAGAGAAGCAGUGGGCCGAACUGAAUAAGGCUGUUGAGUUCUAG